CGUUUGGACCAGAAAUUACGGGACAAUUUUCGUGAUGCACGACACAAUUUGUUCGCGCAAGAUAAUAUGCGUGCUGGCCGAUUGAUCCUCCAUCGACCCGUUUUGAUUAUUGCCGAUCGUGGUCAGGAUAAAAGUGGAUCCGUGGAUUUUCAGGAUUUGGAUCUGAAUCGUGUGGUAAUCAAAGACAAAACGGGACGACGAAAGGAGUACGAUAUGAACCCGCAUGAUAAGCUGUGGAUGAACCAUAAAGGAAGCUCAUUUCCACUGGUAGCUGAAGCGAUACAGCAAGAAGUUGAAGCCUAUAAAAAUAGUGAGGACGAAAUCAAACGCCUCAAGCAUGCUAUGGGCAUGGAUGAUGUGGAAUCCGAUGAAACACUUGAUGUGCUUUUUGAAGCGGAAGAAAAGAUAAUGAAUGGUCAGUUGAGUGAUACAAGUGUGCUGGAGCUGAUGCGCCAGUGCAGUGAUCACCAGGACGCUCUACGGGUCAUGCUCAUCAAUUAUCUUUGUUCCACUAAUAUUAGUGCGGAUGAGCUGAAAAUGCAGAUGGAUUAUCUGAAAGAGGUUGGCCUGGACGACGCAGCUGUGAAAUUUGUUCGUCAGUUACGAUCAAUAUCGAAUAUGAAUUUGAGCCGUAUGGCAAGUGAUUAUUCGGGUGGUGGCAUCAAAACGGACAGUAUGUUCGCAAAUUUGCUAAAUCGUGGCUCGCAGCUGUUCAUGGAAGGUGUUAAGAAUCUCGUCCCAAGGAAGCAUAAUUUACCGCUAACAAAAAUGGUUGAUGCGAUAAUAAUGGGAACUUCUCAAGGAGCAGCACGUUACAGCGAGGAUGAAUUCCGAUAUUACGAUCCAAAACUGAUACAUUCCACUGGCAAAGAGCCACAACGUGGACGUGGAAAUCCAGCACAGGAUGUGAUUGUUUUUGUAAUUGGUGGUGGAAAUUAUGUCGAAUAUCAAAAUGUUAUGGAUUAUGGAAAAUCACGGGGACUUUCACGAAUAACAUAUGGUUGCACGGAACUCGUCGGCCCUAAGCAAUUCGUCGAGCAACUAACUCGUCUCGGUCGACAGAUGUUGUAA